CCUCUCACCUAUAAACAAAUAUGGCUGCUAAGGAUCAAGGAGCGGCAGUAGAUUGUCUUGAAAAACGAAUUUCUGACUUGGAAAGACGGAUCCUUACCAAUGAAAAAGACGUCCUAAGUCUUAAGGGGUCAUCGGUAACUACAGUGAUAUUUAUUGAUGGCGUGAUCGCACAUAAUUAGGUAACUAAAAUUGAUUGAAAUGUUUGUCUGAUUUUUUCCUAGUGUUUGGGAACUUUGAACAAUGUUCAGAAAAAUCUCGAUAGAAUUGGAUCAAAACAUGCUAAAAUAGCAGCAGUGUGGAAGAAAGGUAUGGCACAUUUAUUUUUUUAUUAAUGAAAAUAUCACUGUUACACACUACAGUGACUGUAGUUCCUAGAUUGAGAAGCUAAUCAUAACAGCUGCGCUUGGGUGUACCAAAUAAACUGAACUAAAUUGUACUCAAUAAAGGUAUUAGAAAAAAAAUUCAAUCGAGAUCACCUGUUAACGUAAUUUUCUCACAUAGCUCACUCGUUCGCCCGAUCGGGUCAAUAUAGUUCAGUGCUUACCAGUUCUACAGUAGUUGCGCAUAUAUAUUCGUAUCAGAUGUGUUUCUUAAUACAAUCUGCGAGUCGUUUGAGUCGAAUUGCUGUUUCCCAUUUUCUUAUCAUCAGUUAAGGAGCUGGAGAAAUUUCUCUCUCCUGAGUUUUUGGAAGAGGCAACACUAACAGAUGAUGCUAAAGCUGACAUAAUCAUAGCAGGUUAGUGUGUGUUCUGUGUCAUGAGUUCAAAAGACAUGCAAAAGACAUUGUAGGAACUUUGAGUAUGCCCAUGGCUAAGUGUAAGAUGACCCCAACCCUCUACAUUUCAACAGGGUAUGAUACCUCUCUGAUUUCCAAUUGAUGGCAUUGGUUAUUCACUUAUCAUUAGAAAUCCCUAUUGAACAGGAGGAUGUAGGGCCUGGGUGGACAAUUUUUAAAUCAUGUUAGCCCUUUCCUGUUGAUUAGUAUAAAGGCUUUGCAUUGAUAUAGGACCCACUUUGACCUACCUCCUUUGAUUUCUAUGUUUGAAAUGAUUAUUAUUUCAGUCUUCAAAUACUAUUAUUUUACUUUGUGAUAUAACUGUGAAAAAAAAUCCUGACAUCCAUAGGUGAGGGCCAGCUAAAAGUAUGUGCUGAUCAGCUUCGGCAAGUUGAAGAUUUGAAAAAGGUUGUGACCACAGAACCCAUCAAAGGUUUGCAGCAGAUUUACAAUUCAACAUAUUUAUUUUAUCACAUAAUGUUUAGUUGAGAGUCUUAAUUUCUAGCAUGUUAAGCCAAUCUUACUCUUUUCAAACUGUAAUUUAUCCCAUAAGGUGUGGCUCCAAACACAUUUAUCAUAUCAGUUUUUAUCUUUUUAAAGACUAUUUUUGCUCUUAUUGAAAAGUAUUAUUCUUUUGGGUCCUGAAAAAUGUCUAAAUACAUCCUGAAUAUAGUCAAAUAGAAAUUCUGCUUGAAGAUACUUGUCAGAAAUACUUAAAAUCAAUGCCAAUUUGGGCUUCCUAUGAAUAAAUAUAUUUUAGAAUAAUGCAUUAUUUAGGGCCUUUCCACAUUAGCGAAAAAGUUGUUUAUUUAGACAAAUUUUCUGUCAUCACCAACAUUUUACAAAUGUGGAUGGUUUGACAAAUUGUGGCCAAAGGAGAAAAAUCUUCAAUGCUGUCGACAAAAUUUGUCCUUGGUAAAAACUGGACAAAAGGGACUUAAUAAAUAAAAUAGUGAUAAACUUGUUGAUCAUUUGUUGUAAAAGCUACAACAAGCGUGUAAUUGAAGUGAAAUCAGUUUACUAGAAAGGCAAAAAUUGUCUUUUUUAGCAAACCUCUGGGAUUGUAAAAUUUGAAAAUGACCUAGGAUAAAUUGUGGAAAUUGGAGCUGGAAUCCUUUGGCAAACUAUGCUGGCUGGUCUUAGGAGCAGAUUAGGCACUGACAGAAUUUAAUGGCUUUGAAAUUUUUAAUGUAGAUGCAACAAAUGAUACAAAGAUUUGUUGUGUGAUUUUGUUGCAACAGUUCUAGUUUUGUCUGCUAGUGGGGAAAGACUCUUAGUCUUAGAUUUCUUGUCCUGACUUGAUUUUAACGUGAAACACAGAUUUGCCUACUUGGUCUGCCAAACUGCAACCACUGGUAGAACUUCAUAUUCAGCAAAAGGUAUUUGAAAUAUCUCAUAAUUGUCUCACAAAUGAAAAUUAGUAUUCAACUGAAUUCUAGAAGAAAUCCCUUUCACUGAUGUGGUUUGUGUGUUGUGGUUCAACAUGUUAUUCUUAUUUAAAACUUUUUGGUGCCAGUUUAGGUUUCAUUUCUCUUUGUCUCAUUCUCAUAUUCAAAACUGGUUUGAACAAAAUUAAACCAAGUGAAAAUCUGAACCACAACCUGGCGCUUCACAUUUUCCAAGAUAAACACUGAAUGCUACUUGAUAAAAAAAUUUAAAGAUGUUAUAUAUAUUCUGUUAUAGGAAGAAUUUGAUGUGACUGAUGAUAGAUUACAUAAUCUUCUAGCUGCUUACAAUAACAUUGUAUCCUUUUAAAUUGUUCUUGUUAUGUAUUCCACAUCAAGAGGACAUGUUCUAUUCAAUAAGCAGAUUGGGAAGUGUGUUGAUCUCUGGGUCAGUCUGAGUUGCUGGUUCUCUGAAACUCUUAGCCCAUACUACACCUUGUAAAGGUGUGUUUUCCUUUCUCAUCUUAGACUUUAGUAAGAUUUCUUGGACCAAGGCCAUAGUCAACAACAUUUUAGUGUAAUAGGUCAAAACUUACUCAGCACUAGAAGAGAUUUGGACAAGACUAAGAUAUUAUGAAGAGGCUAUUUCCCUUUUGAUUUGACCAUUAAUGGUUCAUUCAUGGCAAGAUCACAGAUUUCAUCAGAUUAUGCAAUGAAUAAAAAGAUAGCAUUGAAGAUUAGUCUGUCGUUGAUGUUCUAGCUACAUUUUGAUGUCAUCUGUGAUUUAUUACCGAACAAAUGUAUGACCUCCUUUUCCUUAGUAAGAACCAAUCAAAUUAUAAAUGUUAUUACAAAUUCAUUAAUGAAAGUACUUUCUCUACCUUAAUUGUUACAUAACAGAUAAAUCUCCUUUCAAAACAGUUUGUUCAGUGGGACAGUGCACUGACUCAAAUUGAACAAGCCAUGGAAGUGAAACCAGCUGACUAGCCUCACAACUUAUAUUCAAACAGAAUAAUGAAGAAAAUAUUUAAGGGAUUUUGGAAGUUAUUGUCUUAAUAAACUUAACAUAUAUUGUAAAACUGGGAAAGGUGAUUCUCUAUUGAUUUGAUGGUAUAGAACAAAGGCUGAAAUGUUGCCAAGACAUGGCUUUUUAAUUUGGUCUUUGUGUGUUUGGUAUCUUUUAUAAAUAAAAAUUUGGAAUCAAUACAGUUCAGGUAGAUGUCGUUGUUGAUGAAGUUUAAGGUUAAUCCUUUUUUAUGGGAAGUUGAGUAGAAAGUUGGCAAGUAACAGCUGCCUGGUUGCCAGUUCUACUGUUGUAUUUGCCUUCUUUGAGACUAAAAUACUUAUCAUAGUCGAUCAUUAAAAUGGGUUUGCUGUACCAAGACGGGUCAGUGUCAUGAGUCUAUAAUGAGUCUAGAAUCAAUCAUGACUAAGGAGCCGAUGUCUGGUGCGGUUCGUCUUGUAAAAGAAACAAACAACAAAAUUGAUGGGUUUUCCAAGAGGUAACAUCCCUUGAGGAAAUUUUCACGCACGCCAUUGGUGAAUGCAAGUGUCACUCAUCACCUGAUGCGUUUCGCGGAAUUCGCUCCAUAAGCCU